AUAUUUGAUAAUAUUAUUCCUCCGUGGCGUACCGUCGACCGUCGUCGUCGUCGUCGUGGUCGUGCACUCGUGCCACUAGUCCGUUUUUUGCGGUAACUGCACUCGAAUUGAUCGUGUUUUUUCGUGUUACAACUUACGUAGUUACGUCUUGCGACCGGCCUCGUCGUAUUCUGCAUAAUUCCUUAACGUUUGCUUGAUGCGCUCCUGUGCCGAUGCUAUAAAUUGCCCGAACUGCAUAUUUGCAGUUCUGUGAGCCGUAUCGUUUUUUUUUAAUUAAAAUUCACACGAACAUGAAGUCAUCGUGACCGCGCAAGUUUCUUCCUUGUUGGCACAGAAAAUCAAAAAAACAUAUAAUAAAUCUUCUUAUUAGUGCGUGUGCUUACAUAUUAAAUCAAAAAUGAAGAUGCAGAAUUACCAUGGGAGUGAAAUGUUUUUACCGCUCUCCGAUUGUGUUGGACUAUCUGUAGAUUUGGUGAAUUUUGUAAUUUGUCAACUUACUGCAUUAUGUAUAGCGCCAUUAAUGUAUACAUUUUUGCCACCAAAAAAUCGACAAUAUGUAUUUCUUCGAGAAAUAUUUGGACUUACAAUUGGAUUGUCCAUGGCUUACAUCUGUUUUGGAUAUCAAAUGUUACAUCUUAUUAUUCUACCAACAAUAUGUUAUGUUACUUUACAAACAUUGAGUCCAAAUACGAUACAUAAAGCCGUUUUACUUAUAUGUUGUUUGUACUUAUCACUAUUACAUAUUUAUCGUCAAGUUUAUGAGUAUGGAUCUUAUACAUUGGAUAUUACAGGUCCAGUAAUGGUAAUGGUACAAAAAUUAUCAGCAUUAGCAUGUGGCUUACACGAUGGCCUCAUGGCUGACAAGAAACAAUUAACAGAUAUUCAACAACGUUAUAAGAUUAGAAAGGCGCCAACACUCAUUCAAUACAUAAGCUACUUAUUAACAUUUCAAACAAUUUUAGCUGGACCCAAUGCUUUUUUUGAAGAUUAUAUUGCCUAUUUAGAUGGUACCAAUUUUCCAAAAAAAUUACCAAAAGAGGCUAAAUCACCUCCAUCUCCUUUAAAGCCUGUAUUGAAAAAAGUAUUAAUUACUUUCAUAUGUGCUCUUGUAAUUUACUUCAUUGUACCAAUGUACCCAGCUUCUACAUUGAUAGAUGAAACAUUUUUAACCAAAUCUCCAUUUUACUCAAAAAUUUGGUUCAUUAUAGUCAUUACAUCAUUAACUCGUUUCAAGUAUUAUUUUGCUUGGACCCUAGCUGAUGCAGUUUGCAAUGCUUCUGGUUUUGGAUUUUCUGGUUACAAUGAGAAGGGCGAUCAAGAAUGGAAUCUACUCGAUAAUAUCGAUAUUUUAGGAGUUGAAUUUGGUGUUAACUUCAGAGCUACAAUUGAUGCUUGGAACAAAGGCACAAAUCUGUGGCUUCGUUAUGUUAUGUACGAAAGGGCAUCUCCUAAAUAUAACACAGUUAUGACAUACACCUUAUCUGCAUUUUGGCAUGGUUUCUACCCAGGUUAUUAUGUGACCUUCCUUACUGGAUCAUUAUUUACGAACAGUGCAAGAAUGGUUAGGAGAUGUUUAUGGCACAGGUUCCAGCAACCCAAACCUGCAAAACUUGCUUACGAUUUUGUAACAUGUUUUUUGACUAGACUUUGUUUGUCAUACAUGACAUUUUCCUUCAUACUCUUGGAGCUUAUGCCUGCAUUGCGCGUCUUUUGGCAUCUCAUGUUUUAUCUGCACAUAUUAGCUGCAUUGGGCAUAUAUGUACUACCAUUAAUCGUCACUCCGCUCAAAACAGUCAAGAAAAAAUCACAAUAAUUUGAUGUAAAUGAUUAUAGUUAGCAACUAUAAUUUUUAUGAAUUCGAUCAAAAAAAGACUGUAUGUGUGGUAAAUCAAAAAAUAUUAUUUAUGAAGUUGAAUUAAUUUAAAAUCACAUUGGAAAAAAGAAAAAAAUUAAGUCAAGGAAGUUUAUUAGCAAAUUAAGGAUAGUAAACCGUAUAAUACGAUUAUAACUUAGUAUGUACUUUAUUAUAUUGUAUGCAUAACAUCAAAGGUCAUGUUAGAUGUACGGGAUAAAGAAACACAUUGAACUCUUACGAAUGAAUAUUUGCUAAACAUUUAAAGACAUUUUAAAAAAGUCACACCGUUGAUAGAUGGUCAAAACGUGUUCUGGCAUUGUUCUAGCACAGCCACAAUGGUAUUAUGAUAAAGGAAACAUGCCUUUGAUUAAAUUUGUGUACACUACAUGAGAUUAUAAGUGUUUUUGCUCAUCGUUUUUAUUAGUCCACUAAAAAUAUAAAUCAUAAAUCUUUCUAGUAAAAAACUAAAAAUUACUAAUUUUUAAUUUGUUGUACUUGUUCAAUUAUUUUAUUAUAUAAAACAAUAUAAUAUAGUAAUAGUAUUUGUAUUUGAUUAACUUGUUCAAUUUUUAAUUGUACAAAUUAUUGUUUAUUAUUAAAACAAAUAAAUGUAUAGAAAAAAAUCAA